GAGUAAAGCAACCUUUAGCUUCAAACUCAUUUCUCUCUUCCCCACUUCUCUUUUUCCUUAUUUCCGUCUCGUAUCGGAACUCCCACCACUGGAUUCCAAUCGAAAUUGGAUUGAAUCCAGUGGGUGGUGACAUCUCAAAGUAAUUUUAAUCAGACUCAAGGACUCCUCUAGCCAAAUUUUAAGUAUUCCAUUGGUUCUGUUGUACUUGUAUAUCAAAGUAGUUCUCUUACCUUCUUGAGUUUGGAAGUUGAGAUGGACAAGGUGACAAGAUUGGCCUCCGAGAAUGGGGUGAUGAUUUUCAGUAAGAGCACUUGCUGCUUGUGUUAUGCUGUCAAUAUUCUAUUUCAGGAACUUUCUGUGACUCCUGUUGUUCAUGAGAUUGAUCAGGACCCUGAAGGAAGGGAAAUUGAGAGGGCUCUCUUGAGGAUGGGGUGUAAUGCUCCUGUGCCAGCAGUGUUCAUAGGAGGCAAGUUGGUAGGUUCCACCAAUGAAGUCAUGUCUCUCCACCUAAGCGGCUCCCUUAUUCCACUGCUGAAGCCCUAUCAGGCUCAGUCUUAAUUCUACUGCUCUCAUGAAAUAGUACAAGAAUAAGCUUGGCCAACACUAUGGCUCUUUAAUCAGUAGUCUAUGUAGCUAUUUUAUGUAUUGAAUGCCAGGUAGCUUUCCAUUAGCUUAAGUUUGUAGCUGCUUUGCCUAGCAAAGAAAGAGGAAAGGAAGUAGCCUAGCUAUUUACUUUCCUUGAUGAAGUUAACUCUAUGUAUUAAUUGUCUCCUCUAUUUGGUAUUGAUGAAAGUCAGUUGCAGUUAUUCAGUUA